UAUCUUGUGAUUAGGUUUCCUUCCUUAAAUCACACAGAAUCAACCCGCAAUGAAUAAAAAAACAGAAAGAUUUAAUGAAAUCAUUAUUGUUCUCUCUCUCUCUCACACACAGCACAUUGUACUAGGUGUUUCGGAUUAGGUAUCAACCCCAAAAAGAAAAAAGAAAUCAAUGUAGUUCUCUCUCUCUCUCUCUCUCUCUCUCUCUCUCUCACAGGUCUAAACCCCAUUUCUCUUUCUUCUAUCCAUGGGACGAAUAACGACAUUGAGAGAUCUCAUAGGAGUCAUCAAGGACAAGGUUUCACAAUCCAAGGCAGCCCUUCUCUCCAAACCAAGCAAACUCUCACUCCACCUCGCAGUCAUAAAAGCCACCACCCACUCACCCACCACCACACCCAACGAUCACCACCACCACCACCUCUCCGCCCUCCUCUCCCUCGGUUACAGCUCACGCGCCACCGCCUCUGUCAUAAUCAACACCCUCAUGGACCGCCUCCACCGCACCCGUGACGCCUCCGUCGCCCUCAAGUGCCUCCUCACCAUUCACUACAUCCUCAAACGUGGACCCUUCAUCCUCCAAGACCAGCUCUCCAUCGUCCCCACCUCCGGUGGCCGGAACUACCUCAAACUCUCUGCUUUUCGAGACGGCGCCACCGCCAGCAAGUGGGCCCUCUCCGAAUGGGUCAGGUGGUACGCUCGUUACCUCGAAACCCUACUUUCCAGUUCCAGAACUUUGGGAUACUAUUUACGCUCACCUCCAUGGAACAUAGACAAAGAUAAGGAAGAAGAGAGAGUUUCAUCAUCCAUGAACUUAGACUUAAUCAGAGACGUUGAUUCCUUAGUUGAAGUCAUCGAAGAAUUGUGCAAACUACCCGAUUCUCUCCUUGUUGAAGACAACAAAUUAUUGUACGAGGUCAUGGGUUUACUGCGUGGUGAUUAUUUGUCGGCGGUCAAUGAGGUUUUGUUACGACUCAGUGAGUUCAAGGAGAGACUGAGUUGUCUGAGUUUUGGCGAAUCGGUUGAGUUAACGUGUGCUUUAAAGAGAUUAGAGGAUCGUAGAGAGAGAUUGUUGGAGAUGUUUAAAAUAAAGAAGCCUUCGAUGGAGACUUUGUGGGUUUCGAUUGGAGAGUUGAAGGGUAGGGUUGGGAUGCUUGAGGUGGAUAGAGAGGGAGGGAAGAUGGUGAAUAGAGGAAGGAGGAGGAGGGCAAGUGAGUCGACUCGGUUUGAUGAAGUUCUGAAAUCUGCUGACCCGUUCAGACACAUUUCAUCAGGAAGCUUUAGAUCAGACAAGUUUUCACAUAUGAUUUUAGAAUGAAACUUUGACCUUUCUUGUGAUAUAAUAAGUGUUUGCAAGUUGCAACAGUCUUGCGUUUGUAAAGUUUGAUAUUUGCUCUUUAUCUAAAGUUCAUCCAUAUUGCAAUUGUGAUAUCUCC